ACAAUGGCCGAUCUUAAUGGUACUGAAGUCGAUGAGGUGCAGGAUAAGAAACAGAAAAAACAAACCAAACAUGAUGGUGGUGCUGCCGAUUUAGAACGUGUUACCGACUAUGCUGAAGAAAAGGAAAUCUCCACAGCGAAUAUAUCCAGUGCCGUGGAACAGUUCGGUAAUCAACGUCAAAAAGAAGAUGAAUUGCGUGUGGCCAAGGAAAUGGAAUUGCAAAAGAUUCAAGUGAAAAAAGAGGAUAUCGAACUUAUUAUGAAUGAAAUGUUAAUUAGCAAAAUGCAAGCCGAAAAGGUCCUGCGUGAACAAAGAGGAGAUGUUGUAGCAGCUCUGGAAGCCAUUAUAGCUAAUUAGAUGUGUCUUCGGCUAAUGCUUAUAAGUUUCUUUUUGUUUUUUUUCUAAGUUUCCAAU